AUGAGGCCUCCCGCAAGGCAGUGCUUGGAAGUGACAUCUGGCGCAUCGCGGCUUUUCGCACUAGCAUCGCAGAAGUGCACGAGAUUCCCCACGCCGCGCCGAUCGAUUGCAGCCUCGCCCAAGUGUUCAAUUGACUCUCGCGCGUUCACAUCGCGGGCACGUGAGAUCAUCAAGCAGGCCGCUCCAAGCACUUAUACUUGCGAUCACCCGGCUCAAAAGACAGCCUCACGAGACCCUCAUAGCGCCGUUCUUUCGCCCUUGCGUAGAAAGACACGGACGAGCCGCAGCAUUGACCUUCGGAGUGGCUUUACCUAUACCACCGGCGUCGUAGUUCUUCUUGCUGUUGUCGCCAUCUCUUGCGCUGCGACAGUAGAUUUGCGCGAACGUCCUGCGACUACGGAUUCAAUAACUACUACCGAUUCGGAAGAUACUGUGGCCACCGCCUCGCUUUCUGACAGCAUGUCGACCCAAAUCGCACCGGGGCACGUGGGCAACCUGACCUCAGAGCAGGAAGAGAAGCUGCGCCAGCUGUGGCAAGCUUUAUUCCAGGUUUGCGGCGUUGCUGCUGAAGAGACUGGCUCUGGCUCUGCCGGCGCUGAUGCGACGCCUAAAGGAAAGCCGGAAGUGGCGGAAGCAGAGGGGAAGAAGAAGCGCUUCGGCGUCUUUAAGAGAAAGGCAGCUGACAAGCCGGCCGCGAGCGAGGCUGACGACGACAAGUAUGGCCAAAGCAAGCACUUCCAAGAGGUGCUUGCGAGCCACAGCCCUGAAAUCAUUCGCGAGACGUACUGGGCCAUGGUAAAGCAUGAUCACCCCGACGCCCUCGCCUUGCGGUUCCUUCGAGCCCGGAAGUGGGAUGUGGAGAAGGCUCUUGUUAUGCUGGUGUCUACUAUGAGCUGGAGACAUACCGAGAUGAAAGUGGACGAGGACAUCAUGAAGAAUGGAGAAGAGGGCGCCGUUUUGGAUGCGCAGAAUGGCAAGGGUGACGCCAAGAAGGUUGGCGAAGACUUUUUGGCACAGCUUCGAAUGGGCAAGAGUUUUUUGCACGGAGUGGACAAGCAGGGCCGGCCCAUUUGUGUUGUCAGAGUGCGCCUCCAUCAUCAGGGAGAGCAUUGCGAAGAAAGUCUGGAGCGAUGCACCGUCUACCUUAUUGAGACUGCGAGAAUGGUGUUGAGACCACCCGUGGACACAGCUACUGUCGUGUUUGAUAUGACGGGGUUUUCCAUGGCGAACAUGGAUUACACCCCUGUCAAGUUUAUGAUCAAGUGCUUUGAAGCCAACUACCCUGAAUCUCUUGGAGCUGUUCUCGUUCACAACGCACCAUGGAUAUUCCAAGGAAUUUGGAAGAUCAUUCGCGGCUGGUUAGAUCCUGUUGUGGCAGCCAAGGUUCACUUCACAAAUAACAAGAAAGACUUGCAAGAGUUCAUCGAGCCUGCACAUGUCCUCAAAGAGCUCGGGGGAGACGAAGAUUGGGAAUACAAAUAUGUAGAGCCCGUCGCUGGCGAAAAUGAUCUGAUGAAGGAUACCGAGACCAAGGGAAAACUCGUCGGGGUCAGGGAAAAGCUUAUGAAGGAAUACGAAGAAGCGACCGUGCAGUGGAUAGACAAGGGCGACAGCAAAGAAAUCAUCGACAAGAGGGGCCAGCUGGCGACGCAGCUGAGAGAAAACUACUGGCAACUUGACCCGUACGUGCGUGCGCGAUCUCUGUACGAUAGACAGGGAAUAUUGCAAGGUGCUGCUACGGCGAGAUGGUACGAUCCCCCGGCCUCUGGUGGGAAAGGAAACCUAGAAACAUCUGCCGACGAUGUAGACUAA